CGUAAACAACAAAGUAAACAAAUAGGAAAAGAACUCUUACCCAUAGCAAACCAGCUUCCUUUUUUUACAAAUUAGGAUAUGAGCAAAGAAAUUCCUUUUUCAUCCUUAAAUUUAAAGGAAUUCCGUUUUGAAGAUAGGUACUAUGUGAAGCACAAGCUAGGAGAUGGCAGCUUUGGUACUGUGUAUUUGGCCAAAUGCAAGGGAAAACAAGGACAUGAUCAAGUAGUAGCUGUCAAAAAGUUAAAGACCAGUAGUAAACCAAAACCAAAGCAGGAACUUCUGAAACUUCGAGAAUCACUGGUACUCAGGCAAAUAUCUAAACAUCCAAGUUUAAUUGACUUGUUGGAAACUUUUAUGGAUCCCAACAGAAACAUCUAUUUAGUAAUGGAAUGUAUGGAAGCCAAUUUAUAUCAAAUUCUCAAGCGAAGGCAAGGAAAGCCAUUUACCAAGUACACAGCUUGUCAUAUUCUAAAUCAGAUUGUUCGGGGAAUUGAACAUAUACACACACAUGGGUUUAUGCAUAGAGACGUGAAGCCUGAAAAUAUAUUGGUUAAAAAGGUUACCGAUAGACCAGUAUUUUCGAGAUACAGCGUCAAAAUUGCUGACUUUGGACUAGCCAGAUCUUCUACUUCAGAUGAUUCACUAACUGAGUAUGUAUCAACUCGUUGGUAUCGUGCGCCAGAACUCUUGCUUAGAGCAAAAAAUUAUGGUAAAGCAGUUGAUAUGUAUGCUUUCGGUUGUAUCACUUUUGAAGUUUUUACUUUAAAGCCUCUUUUCCCUGGAAGAAAUGAGACGGAUCAACUAAACAGAAUUUGUGAAAUACUUGGAAAUCCUCUCUUGAAUGUCAAAGACAAGUUGCAUUAUUGGCCUACGGCUAAAGAAUUAGCUGUCAAACUUGGAUUCUCCUUUUCUGCUACGAGACCCUAUCCUUUAAGGAAACUACUUCCAGCAAACUGCGAUGAUAUGUAUACUGAAAUGAUCGCUCAGCUCUUAGCUUGGGAUCCGUUUAUCCGACCAUCUGCCGUAUCAUGCAAAGAAAAAUAUUUUCCCAAACCCCCAGAAUCCCCAAAUGGUCAACAAGGGACAAAGCUAGGAUCAACAAAAGUUAACAACAUUGGAAGCUCAAAAAACGAUGCGACUGUUAAACCUAACAACGAGAAAAGACAAGAGAAAAGAGUCAGCUGGUUCAAAAAGAAUCUAAACAGUUUAACAAAUGCAGUCAAAAUGGCAUUGCCCGAGGCUCCUCCACCUCAUCUGCCUCGAAAAUCAGUUAAACUCGUGAGUGAUGAAAAAGAUAGCCAAAUGUGUAAUUUUUUAAUGAGUGAAACGAUGAAUUCUAAUGAAAGCCCAGCUAAAAUAAAGCAGCCUGAAACCAUUUCUUGUGAACUUGUUGAAAGUCGUUUAUUGCCAGUUUAUGAACAACAGUCUUCUCAUCUUAUGUCAAAAACAGAUCAAUCAAUAUUGCAGGUAAACCCUGAAAUUUCGAUCGAAAGUCUUCCUGCUGAACCUAAGAAAUGUGUAAACCAUGUACCUAAUAGAGAUGAAAACAAAGCUUGCGAAGAAGUGAACUGGUCAAGGGCCACCUUUUUCCAUGACAAUAAGUUAUAUAAACCUCCGAUCUCAUUAAAUUUAAAAACUGACAGCUGUCUUAAACUUCCCUCUGACUAUGAUACCGCUGUCGGCACCCCUAAAGAUGCUAUGGGUCAGGGUCUGAAAAUUAUCGGUAUUAAUCAUAGCUUAAUUCCUAGACCGGUUCGUCGUAAUCACGGUGCACCAGACUUCCAAGCGUCAAGAUCAAUUAGUUGUCAAGCUUAUCCAAACUUCAUGGUUUACAAUCCUUCAUCACCUGUCAGGAUUAAUCGUUCUACUUCUGAAGGAUUUUCUAAAGGUUAAGCGGUACUAUUUAAGUAUAACUAAGAUCAACGAAUCAAUUGAUGUCCAAAACCGAAUUGUGAAUGUGUGAAUGGUGACUAUUUAAUGCUCCAUUAGUUAAUUCCUCCGAUCUUAUUUCGAUUCUCACUCGACAACCUGCUAUAAACCUUUUACUAUAGAUUCUACUUGUACAUUGUUGCAAUUAGAAUAACUCCAUUACAUUCUACACACCAGCAGCAACAGCUGCUUACUUUAAAAUGAAGUUUUCAUUCUAAUAUUAACCUGUAAAGAUUGCUAUAUUAUCCACAAGUAAUAUCAUCACUAUAAAAUUUCACAAAAACGGG